GUACAAUAUAUUAAAUUAAUUCUACAACAAAUAAGAAUAAAACCCAAAACAUCAAUUAAUUAAAAAUAGAAGAAUAUACAGUUAGCUAAAAACAACAUUAAUUUUGAAAACAAAAACCCAGAACAUCAAUUAAUUAGAAAUAGAGAGAGUAGACAGUUAGCUAGGAACAAAAAUUAUUAAUUGGACUAUCCUCCAAAUAAUUAGUGCCACAUGAAAUUGUUUUUGAAAACCGAAUUUGUUUAUUUAAUACUAGGACAAAUUUUAGUAAUUUUGUCAUAACUAUUCUCAUAGUUGAUUGUCCGAAAACAAUUAUAGUUGGAAAAUAAGGGAAAUAGGAGAAAUGAAAAAAGCACAUGCGGUUUCCUCUCCUUCUUCCUGCAGGUUAGAUGUCCCUCUCUUCCAUGGGGGCUUAUAUAUUAAUGAAUACGAGCUUCGAAUCUUUGGCCUAGAGAAAACCGGGAAACAUCCGUCUCGUGUGAAUCGACCAUUGAUUUUAUUUGGGAAAAAAUCUAAAAAUCUCUUUGAUUUCUUUCCAUUCUCUUCCUGUGACUAAAAUUUCGAGAUCCAAACAAGAAACAGCCAAAACCUUUCAACAUUUUUUGUUUUUGUCGGAAAAGAAAUUGAAUUUUAGUGGAAUUGGGUUCUUUCAAAGAGAAGGAGAUGGUCGAGAAUUUAAAGAAUGGUGUCGCCAUGGAUGUUCUUCCUAGAAACAGGUCCGAUUUAUUCGAUGAAGAUGGCCGUCCCAGGCGAACCGGAACGGUCUGGACGGCAAGUGCACAUAUAAUAACUGCAGUAAUUGGGUCAGGAGUGUUGUCUCUGGCAUGGGCUGUUGCUCAGAUUGGUUGGGUGGGUGGUCCAGUAGUGAUGUUGCUCUUCUCUCUCGUCACUUAUUACACUUCUAUUCUCCUCUGUUCUUGUUAUCGCUCCGGUGACUCUGUCACCGGCAAGAGAAACUACACUUACAUGGAUGCUAUCCAUGCCAACCUCGGUGGCUUUAAGGUGAAAAUAUGUGGAGUUGUGCAAUAUGUUAAUCUCUUCGGUACUGCAAUUGGGUACACAAUUGCAUCAGCUAUAAGCAUGAUAGCAAUCCAAAGGACGAGUUGCCAACGUAAUGGUGGAAACGAUCCAUGUCUUGUAAAUGGCAAUCCUUACAUGAUUGGAUUCGGAGUAGCACAAAUAAUAUUCUCUCAGAUUCCGGAUUUUGAUCAGUUAUGGUGGCUCUCAAUUGUUGCUGCAGUCAUGUCUUUUGGUUAUUCAAUCAUUGGACUUGGCCUUGGCCUCUCCAGAGUUGUAGAGAACAAAGAAAUGAAAGGCACUCUCACUGGAAUUAGAGUUGGGACAGUGACACCUUCAGAGACAGUGUCACCUAUAGAUAAAAAGAAUGUGCCGAGAUGGGGCACAAGGUGGGUUUGUCUACAAGUCUUGAGUUUGGCCUGUCUUGUUGUGUCUGUAGCUGCGGCUGCAGGAUCUGUAGUUGGCAUUGUCAAUGAUCUCAAGAUUUACAAACCUUUCAAGUCGGAGUUCUGA